CCAUCAAUCAAAAAUAGAGUCCCCGUCUGACUUCCAGUCGCCGGAGGGUAUAAUCAUUUAUUGUCGUCAGUGGUUUAGUCUAUAUGUCAAAAAACCCUUCGGACAAUUUUAAGGUGCCCCUAAGAGAGGCUUAAAAUGUUUGAAAAUUGUUAAAGCUGGGCUGUUUGUUUUAUCAUUGGUAUAAAAAGUUAGCAAGGAAUCAAGAUGGCGUAUAUUUUGAUUGAGUUCUGAUUUACAUCUUGAAAUGGAUUCUCUUCUUCUGUUUUUAAUAACAACUUUAUGCUUCUUGCUAUACUGUGCAUGGCUUCGGAAGAGACCAAAAAGAUUUCCACCAGGUCCACUAGGACUGCCUUUAGUCGGUUAUGCCCCAUUUUUGGGCGAAAAUCCAGCGAUCACCUACAUGAAUAUGAAAAACAAGUACGGUUCUAUAUUCUCUGUACAAAUAGGCUCGAAGAAUUGGAUCGUUUUGAACGAUUACAAAAGCAUUUACGAGGCUUACGUUACCCAAGGCCAUGCGUUUUCCGGACGACCAAAUGUUGUUAUUCUGGACGUUUUGAGCGGACAUGGUAAUGGCAUGGGCUUCAAUGAUUACGGAGAAAUGUGGAAAAUUCAACGAGCAUUCUUAUCUAAAGCAUUAAGAAGAUUAUCAGCAGGCAAAGGAAGGUUUGAAUCAGCCAUAGUCGAAGAAUCUCGAUAUCUGAACGAAACUUUAUAUGUAGAAGAUGGAAAAGCAACUGAUCCUAAGAUCCAUAUUGCAAGAGCCGUUUCAAACAUAGUGAUGAAUAUAUCUAUAGGAAGUAGACUUCCAUACGAUGAUGAACGUUUUAUUGAAAUCGUCACUCGAUUGAAAGAUUAUUUUACAGAUAGAAUUGAUGGGACAUUGUUUGGAAUUAUGUUCUUUUUUCCGAUGCUGAGAUACCUUCCUAGGUUUCGAACGACAUUUGCGAAAUUUUCCAAAAGCGUGGGAAGAAUUAAAGAAGUAAUACGACAAUUCGUAGACGAACAUAAGAUGACUUUUGAUCCCGAGAAUCCGCGUGAUGUAAUCGACGAAUUUUUCAUCGAAGCAAAGAAACGUCCGAGCGAAAGCAAAAUGUUUGAUGACGUUCAGGUGAUUCACGCGGUCAACGAACUGUUCCAAGCAGGCACUGAAACGUCAUCGACUUUAAUUUUGUGGAUGAUUUUAGUGUUAGCUCAUCAUCCUGAAUAUCAGAGGAAAAUUGAGAAAGAAAUUUCUGACAAUAUAGGUAGCAGCGGAACACCGUCAUUAAAACAUAAAAUGUCGAUGCCAUUUACAUCAGCUUUUAUACAAGAAACGCAAAGACUUUAUACAAUUACUCCCCUAUCUAUGCCAAGAAAAACUACCACAGAUGUCAAUAUACGAGGUUUCAAUAUUCCAAAAAAUACACCGGUUAUGCCCAAUUUUUGGGCUGUACACAAUGAUCCAGAAAUAUUUGAAGAUCCGGAAAAGUUUCGACCCGAAAGAUUUAUCGACUCAAACCACAACUUCAUUCUUAGCAAACACGUCGUGAGCUUUUCAGUCGGGCCGCGAAAUUGCAUGGGCGAACAGUUGGCCAGGAAAGAAGUGUUUUUAUUUUUGGUGGCAAUGUUACAACAAUUCAGGAUUGAAUCAGAUCCGGCACAUCCACUACCUCCUCUCGAGAAAGGAGUUUAUGGAGUUGCGUACUCACCCUAUGACUUCAAAGUUCGCUUUAUCCAAAGAUGAGAGAGAAUAUGUCGAUGGACUGUAUCUACACUCCACAUAGGAUAGGCGAAGUUUUAUAAAUCUAUUGCAUCAUUAUGCAAUGGCAAUGCACAUGGCAAAGGUGACCAGAUCUGGUCGUGUCAUAACUGUUUGACCUGUUUUCAUAACGACCGUUGAUCGGAGAACAACUUUCGUCGAUGCCUAUCUCUCACUAGACAUUUUAGACAUCUGUAAAAUGAUGUCACAUUAUUUCUUUUUUUGUUUCUUUAUUUUCAUAUUAUUUUUUUUUUUCAAUUCAUUAAUACAUGUUCUAUCCAAUAA